CUUUUGUUGUCACUGUCAAAACACAACAACCAAAAAAAAACACCUUUGCUCUAUAUUUUUAUAUUUUAUUUAUCUGUAUUCCUAAUAAAUGAUUCAUAUAACACCUAAUAUACCAACUGGAAUUUAACAAAUGUCGACUGCAUCAUGGGAGCCAAUAAUAUCGAGCUGCCCUUUUUUCCCCGAUACGAAACUGAUCUUUAUGGGAACGGACUAAUUCGUAUAUCCUGGUUUGAGCCGAAAUUUUCACAGUCUCACUAUAAUAUUCAUAAUAUUUCUAAUGGAAGUAAUGCAUGCACCUUAAUUGCGGUGCUAAUGGCGUCAAAGUUAAAGGAAUAUAAUGUUUUGAUCCACAACCCCCAAGAAAACUUAAAUAUAAGAUUGAUUCACCUUUUAGCCAUAAGCAUGCUCCAGGGCAAUAAAAUCCACGAAGAUCUGAAGAAAAAAAACAUGUUAAAGCAUAUUAAUCUUAAUAUUCCAGAAGCGAUUAAGUAUACCGAAAAAGAAACUUCAAAUUUGGUGGAGUGGAAAAGCUCAGUUUAUAUGGAGCGCCUUUCGAGAACACUGUGUGAGAAUAUAAAAAGCAAUUUCAAAGAAUGGGUGAAGCUAAGCGGAAAUGAAAUACCCGAUGAUUUAUAUAUUAUACUGGUUACAGAUUCCAGGACAGUUUUGUUUCUUUUACAAGCCAAAACCAAUACGGUUACCUUAUUUGAUUCCCACCAACAUACCACAGAUUACGGAGCUCUUAUAGCGGUCGCCAACAUACAGCAUUUAGGGCAGCUCUGCUACUGGUUUAAAGACAUCGUGAGGAAGUGCUACAAUGCAGAUCCGAAGCUUUACGAAUUGUCUUUUCUUUAUUUUAAAAACAAUAAAUAGAUAUUUUGUU